UCCAGCAGCAGCGCUGCGCUCGAACUCUUCGCCCCUCAGCUCGCCUCGCGCGUUUCUCCUCAGCGUCUCGAGCCCGGAGCCUCCAUCCCGCGCUUCACUCAGCACUCGCCACAUUUUUCCACACUGACUCUUCUUUCUUUACUGGGGCUAUGAAAAUACUUCACGUCCUUCUGCUUUUUGAACUGUCCGCGAUUUGCCAAAUUCUGGGACUGAAUAAUGAAGGCUCAGGGUCUGGGUACAUGCAUCAUAACAGCUAUAAUGAGGUUGAGCAAGAGCAGGAGACACAUUACACUCCAAUGUUGGACUAUAAACACCCACAGUGGUGCAACACACUUAAACUACCCAAUGGAGAGAUGACAUGUUCCUCCCCCCGAGGUGGAAACCAUCGGAGCUCAUUGGGCACACGCUGCUUGCUAUCUUGCGAACGGGGCUAUAAACUGCUGGGACGACUGUCUGUGCAAUGCAUGGCCAACCGUCGCUGGUCAGGAACCGCUCACUGCCGAAGGGUGCGCUGUCCUGUGCUUCCUCUGGUCCAGCAAGGUACUUACACCUGUACCAAUGGCUUUGUGGUCGACUCCAGGUGUGAUUAUACCUGCUUUCAAGGUUACCAGAUUGAAGGGGACCGUUAUCGCAUUUGCCAGGAAGGGGGGACAUGGAGUGGAGCAGAGCCCACCUGUGCAGAUCACGACCCUCCCAAACUGAAAUGUCCUUUGUCCAGAGUGAAGAUUGCAGAACCAGGAAAACUUACCGUCAGGGUGUCGUGGGAGAGACCUGUUGCCACAGAUACUGCUGACAGAUCACUGCAGGUCUUACGAAAUGGACCAGAAUCAGGUUCAGAAUUUAGUGAGGGGGAACAUGUGAUUCGCUUCAAGGUCUAUGACCAGGCCCGCAACAUGGCAACCUGCAAGUUUACUGUGCGAGUUGAAGUGCAGAGAUGUCCAGUGCUGAAGGAACCUCUGCAUGGAUAUCUGACCUGCUCGUCUGAUGGAAAUAACUAUGGAGCUGUGUGCGAAUACCACUGUGAUGCUGGCUACGAGAUGAGAGGCACUGAUACCCGGGUCUGCCUGUUGAACCGCAGUUGGUCAGACCAAGCACCUGAAUGUGUCUUGAUGCAGAUCAAAACUGACAUCAGAUCUGCUGGUGCCCUGCUUGACCAGUUCUAUGAGAAAAGAAGGCUUCUUAUUGUGUCCACCCCAAGCGUAUCUGACCAAUACUACAAGCUUCAGAACAUCAUGCUACAGAAAGCUGGAUGUGGUCUGGAUCUUCGACACGUGACUGUGAUCGAGUUAUUAGGAACUCCACCUCGAGAAGUUGGCCGGAUUAAAGAGCAGUAUUUAGAUGUUGAGGUCAUAGAGGGCCUCAGGCAAGCUCUGCAGAUCUCUCGAUCCUACUUCAACAUGGUUUUGUUGGAUGAAAUGGGUGUAGAUCGAGAGCGUUUCAUUAACCCCACAACCUCAGAUGAGCUGUACUCUUACAUCGAGGAGUACCUGCUCUCCGAAGAGGAACAAGAAAGGCUGGAGCUAAACAGAGACCUCUGUGACUGAGCCUUGACCGAUCAACUCUACAUCAACACCCAACACAGGAAAGGCUGUGAAGAGCAAAGCUGUGCUUUGUAGACAUACUACAUUAGCUACUAUUGCAUUCAUAUGGUUUCAAAACAUCUUUUUCUUGAGCAUAUGGCCAGUCUGUAUGGACUUUUAGUGCUUUUUAUAGGUUACAUUUUUAAACCUUUACACAUAAAUGGGUAUUUCAUAAUCCCCAGUAUUUUUGUACUCACUACAGACAACAGGGACAGUAGAAAAUGUAAUUUAAUAUUUAUUAAGUGCUUUGUAUAUAGGUUUUUAAAUGGUGCCCAGAGUGUUCACUGGGAUUGCAUCAUUACAAGGCAAAUAAUUAGCAUUUCAGCAUACAGGUUUUGGUGUUAUGCAACUGUAGGGCAGUCAUAAGGGAUGAUUGCAAUAAAACAAAAAUAAAAAGUUGUCU